AUGAUCGGUCAUAAAGGCUAUAAUAGUGAAUCAACAUCCCAAGAAUGUUCACCAUAUAUCCUUCAACCAACAUGUAAUAAUGCAUCCUCAGAUGACCGCUGGCAUGGAUACUUUACAGCAACAGAAGGGCUUGUGUUUAAUCAGACAGCCAAACGAUACGGGAUGUACUUUACAAUAAAUAUUGAUGAUCCAAGAUAUGUUCGAGAUAAUGAUAAAGGGAUGUUGAUAAAAGCUUUUGAUUCGGAAUUUAAUCCCAUUACAGUUCCAUUGAGCGUUAAUGAAUCGGCGCAUAAAAUAGAUGCUUUAGCUUCUACUAAUCAGACUAUUACCGGUCAACAAUUUUAUGCUAAUUUAUUUGUUGGAACAAUGAAUUGGUUUCAAAAUGUAGAAACGGAAGGAAAGUUAGUAUCUUUUUACUAUAUGAUGCUUAUCAUAACUCAUCCAAAGAUUCCAAGUCGUAAUCUUGGAUUUGCACCGGUCCAUCCGUGGGGUCUAUGUCAAAGCUUCUUUAUGCGUCGUCGUAUAAAGCAAGAACUUCACAAAAAACAAUAUCCAAAAGCAAUUCCAUUGCUCGAACAACCACGUACAGAUGAAACUUUAACAGAGCGUAUAAAUUAUUUAGAACAAUUUUUAAAACAAUUUUUCUGCGAUGUUAGUUUUAUGGAAGAAAUAAAGGAAGAAAAUGGAUUAGAAGAUGCGGUCGAAACAGUUGGAAAAUAUGUGAAGAGAGCUGAUGACGAAUAA